UGGUGCGGUGCAUUACGUUGUUGAUAAGUGCCGGACUAGCGGGAUCCAAUCAUGGGCCAGUACGCUGUUGGCGUGUGUCUACUCUUCACCUUCGCGACUGUCGUUGUGCUGUCGUCGCCCGAGUAUAAUCACAUUAAGAUAGAAAACUUCAUGGAGUGCCCAGGAAAUGAAGAUAUGGCGAUGGAGAUUCUACAUCACGAAGUAGAGAGAGUGUCCAAAAAUGCGAUAGCCAUAAACCUCACGUUGAACGUCAAAACAGAGAUAAAGGAGGACUAUACGGUUGUAGUGGAUUUAAAGCGGUGCGAGAGUAAAUAUGAGACUCACACUUGUAAACAAUUCAUGACAAAGGUAAAAGAAGAUUUAUGUGAGCAUAUUCAUGAUUCUGGUGAAGUGUGGUCAGAUUUUAUUGAGAAGACGGAACCUGCAGUUAACUGCCCAAUUAAGGAGGGUAUAUACCAUAGCUACAACGCCUUCCUAGAUGCAAGUCCACUGGAGAAUGCGCCAGAGGGUUACUGGCUGGUUGACAUCAGAGCCAUGAAGGGCAUGAAGGUGAUGGGGUGCUGCAGGGCAACAGGACACAUCUGGCCAGAUGUCAUUCCGGGGGACGAGGAGGAGGAGGAGGGAAGGUAGACACUUUGUAUCGAGGACUGUCUAUCCUUGAGACUUUCAUCCCCUACUAGCACGGCAACUCUAGUUUAAUUUUUUUUUGAGCGUCUGUAUCUUUACCAAAUAAAAUAAGCGUGAAUUACACUA